GAUGAAAUGCAUGCUGAAUAUCAGGAUCUGCAUUUUUUUUUUAAGCUGUUUUCCGGGAAUACAUUUUGACUCGGUUAAGGUCAUUUUUUUUAUUGAAAAAAAAAAAAUACAAGGUGUCAUUUUCACAAACGACUAUAGUCUAGGGUGUUAUUUUUAUUUAUUUACUUACUAGGAGAGGCUAUUUCUCAUCCAUCACACUGUACCCAUCUAAUUCGGUAGGUCUGAUCCAGCCACCAUACUUAUCUAAUAAAUAAAAAAGAAUCCAAAGAAUGUGAAAUUCCUUGUAAACAGAGAUUAUCAGGUGUUUGAUACACAGUUAUUCUGCUAUUCUGAUCGGCGGUACCGUCAUCACUAUUGUAAAACCUUUUUUUUUUUUUUUUAUAAAAAAGGAACACUAUGACAUGAAUCAUGUGAACUUUCUUGUAAACAGAGAUUUGAAGAACAGGACCCACCAUCUCUUCUUGGAUUCUUUAGGAUGGUAACUUAGGAAAACAGCAUCCUUGGACAUGUUAGCCGACCGAAAUCCGUGCUUGUCACUGGCUUCAGGAUAGAGCGAGAAGCGCGCACGCUUCGGCUUGGUUUUGGAUGGAUGGGACAUCAGAAGGAAUAUUAAUAUUGGAAAAAGGAGUAAUGAGUCAUAUCUUAGAGCCACUCAUUGAUGGAAAGGGGAAAAAGGCUAACGAUAGGAUGUCCUGAGCCUUCUCGUCUCCUGAGAUACCUUAUCCCAUAAUUAACUACACCUGUGUGUUCUGUCCAAUGAGUUGCUGAGAAGGCUCAGUUAGAAGGGAUCAUAAGGGAUCAUGGAGCCAAGCUCAAGUCUGCUGGGUUUGGUGGUACAUAUACCGUUAUCCUUUUAUAAAGCCUGAAGAGCGACCCACUUGAAGCCUAAGGCGCCACUUUGCCUAGCUAGCUACCUUGGCUAGCUGAAACAAACCUUGUUUCUUGCAAAUAUCUAUCCCUUGUCAUUCUUGCCGACCUCAUAAUUAUGUCAUGCCAACGUGUUUUAGUUUCGAUGGUUGUUCCCGAGAAGCAACUUGGAUAAUUCCUCCUAACCCCAUUGCUUCCCACUAAAGGGUCCUUUCCCUCUAUAUAAACCUCAUACCAAUCCUCUUGAUCUCCAUACUCCAAAUCCUCCUUUUUUUCUAUUUCCCUUCCACUUCUCAACCAUUGACAAAUUAAAAUGGCGAAGGCCUUGUUGUUUGGGGUGCUAGUUGCACUAGCUUUUGCAUUGGCUCAUAGCAUUCCAUUCGACGAGAAGGACCUCAGAACUGAAGAGAGCCUAUGGAACUUGUACGUGAGGUGGCGAGGCUACCACACCGUGUCCCGGGACCUCGACGAGAAGCACAAGCGAUUCAAUGUGUUCCAGGAGAACGUCAAGUUCAUCCAUGAGUUCAACAAGAAGGAUGCACCCUACAAGCUUGCUCUCAACAAGUUUGGUGACAUGACCAACCAAGAAUUCCGAAGCUGGUAUGCGGGUUAAGUGCAACACCACAGGAUGCGCCGCCGGAGCCCUCGUGGCGCCGGACGUUUCAUGCAUGAGAACGUUCAUGCCCUCCCUGCAUUGGUUGAUUGGAGGCAGAAGGGUGCAGUCACCGCCGUCAAGGAUCAAGGCCAAUGCGGGAGCUGCUGGGCAUUUUCGACGGUGGUUGCUGUGGAGGGUAUAAAUCAGAUCAAGACGAAGAAGCUGAUUUCCUUGUCAGAGCAAGAGCUUAUUGAUUGUGACAAUGAGGACAAUAAUGGAUGCAAUGGAGGAUUAAUGGAUUAUGCAUUUGAAUUCAUUGCGAAAAAUGGUGGUAUAACAACAGAGGCUGCGUAUCCUUACAAGGCAGACGAUGGAAGAUGCGAUGUUUCCAAGGAGAAUUCUCCAGUAGUGACGAUCGACGGACACGAAAAUGUCCCUGCCAACGAUGAGGAAGCUCUUAUGAAAGCUGUGGCUAAUCAGCCAGUGUCUGUUGCUAUUGAAGCAAGUGGUUUGGAUUUCCAAUUCUAUUCCGAG